AAUCUUUGCAUUCAGAGCUUUGUUGACCUAAUAAAGGGCUUGAUGACGCGAUAAACACCUCGGGUUGAAAGGAAAGCCGAUGGCUCUUGCUGCCCUCUCAUAUUCCAACCACAUGCAGACAUUGUUCUUGCCCAUUUUUGAAGAACAUGUAAGUUUUAAUGAAGCGCCAAAGGUGGACUAGGAGACAUACGCGAUUCAGCCUGUCCUCGGUCUCAGCAGUGAACCUCCGCCACUUCCACCAAUGGAUCCUCCUCAGUCUCACAAUUUAAACGCUGAGGGGACACAGACGCUGACAGCCAUGACGACGAUCAACCCGCAGACACUUGCACCUGAAUCCAACGGCUAUAAUUACUUUCCAAAUAUGUGGCCCUCCCAGAAUGGCUUUUUCCCUGCAAUGCAAGGAGGUGCAUACUGCUAUCAGAAUGAUGGAGCACAGACUGUGGCAACGAUGGCUAUGACGAGUACACAACCAACACAGACACUGCCCAUUCCCUACUGCACAGAGAGGCAGGAUAACCUGCAGAUGCAGUUUACUCAACCACUGGCAGGUGACAUGACAUCCAACCAGCUUCAAUAUGCCAACUCCAUCCUUCCUCAAGGUGUGGGGCAAGGCAGUGUUCCUCGAAACCAGUCAGAACGCAGCUUGAUGAAGAACAGGGAAGCGGCUCGUGAAUAUCGAAGGAGGAGAAAGGCGUACGUUCAGGGCCUGGAGGAGCGUGUGGCGAAGCUGGAAAAUCAGAAUAAAGCUUUGAAGGAGGAGCUUAAAUCCUGGAAAGAAAUGCAUAAAGUUCCUUGAUAAUACUCACGGAGUGACUGUACUGGAUAUACUGUACAUUUUACUUUAUUCACCCAUUCAAACAGUGCUGCUAUUAUUGGAGGAUACCAAGGAAAGAAACUGAUGACACAGCAGGGAGGACCAACCUGGAGUGUUAGCACCUUGCUGAAGAACACCUGGACAUGUACCGUACAUGCUGGACAGUUGGUUAAACAAUAUUAUUUAUGAAUAUAAAUGACCUGUCCUAAUGUGUAACAGAAUAGAAACUUUAAUAUUCAUAAUGUGCUGUGCUGGAUCACAUUUGCAUACGAAUUAAAAACGUAUAUUGACAUAGCGACA